AUGGGGACGGUGCUGUCCCUCUCUCCGGGCCUGCGGAAAACCAGCCUUUACGACGACGGCUCCUCCAGCUCGCUGGCGCACUACCCCGGCCUGGCGGGCGCCAAGGGCAGCGGCGGCGGUGGGCAGAAGGCCGAGAAGGGGCUCAAGAGACACUCCAUGUUCAUCCCGGCCUUGACCUGGAAGCGGCUAGUGGCCUCGACCAAGAAAAAGGGGUCGCGGGGCGGCGGGGGCGGCAGCAAGGGCCCCUCGAAGAACAACGGCAACUAUGGCCACGCCAAGGAUGUGGCCCAGCUGAACCACGAGAACGUCAAAAAGUCCCUCUCCUGCGCCAACCUCGCCAGCUUCGACGGGGCCGAGCCACCGCUGGCACCCCUCAGCUCCAAGCGCUCCUCCGGCACGCUCAAGCCCGGCGUGGUCGGCGGAGGCACCGCGUCGUCCCCCCGGCGGGUGAUUGUCCAGGCGUCCACCAGCGAGUUGCUGAAGUGCCUGGGCGAGUUCCUGUGCCGCCGCUGCUUCCGCCUGAAGCACCUGUCGCCCACCGAGCCCAUCCUGUGGCUCCGCAGCGUGGACCGCUCCCUGCUGUUGCAGGGUUGGCAAGACCAGGCCUUUGUCACCCCGGCCAACGUGGUCUUCGUCUACCUGCUGUGCCGCGAGAUGAUCGACGGGGACGCGGUAGCCAGCGAACACGAGCUGCAGGCUGCCCUACUCACUUGCCUCUACCUGUCCUACUCCUACAUGGGCAACGAGAUCUCCUACCCGCUGAAGCCCUUCCUGGUGGAGGCUUCCAAAGAUGUCUUCUGGAACCGCUGCCUGCGCAUCAUCAAUGCCAUGAGCGCCAAGAUGCUUCGGAUCAACGCCGACCCACACUACUUCACCCAGGUCUUCGCCGACCUCAAGAACGAGGGCAACGCCAAGAGGGAAGACUUUGCUCGCAUCCUGGACCGGUGACUGGUUCUCCUGGCGAGGACCAGGGACCUGGCCAGAUUCACCUGUUCCUUCCUGGUCCCUGGAGGGCAAUGGAUGCUUGGUGUCCCGGAGGCCUCCUUCUGAGGCCAGGCCUUUGCCAAAACAGACAACUGCUUUCUCUGCUUGCUGCAGUGAGUCAGACGGGCUCAAGGAAGGUGUUGGACGAGGUGGGUGGAGGUGGAAUGCUCAGAAAUCUAUCCGUCUGUCUGUCAGAGCUUUUUUUUUUUUUUAAUAUAAAGCAACGAGGGAGGAACCCACAAAGGUAUCUGGACCUCUGCCACUGUUUUUUGAAAAGGUCAGAAGGGGUUUCCUAAACCCCUUGGUGCCAUUUAUUCUGAUUUAUAUUUUUUUUUUUGGAACUUCCCAAAAAGCUUUGGCGGGGGGGGGGGUGAGCAGAAAGAUCUGGGGAGCAGGAAAAUAAUUUUUGAAAAUUGGGUUGGGUCUAAGAGGCGAACACACAGGGAGAAGCGAUUCUGCAGAUCUGCCCGUCCGCCUUGGGCACUAAUUAAGUGUGGAGGUGCCAGCAUUUGUACUUCAUUUAUUUUUAUUUUUUAAAUGAGGCUAGCUCCUCCCUCUGCAUUUCCAGACCCCUUUUUCUGGGGGUCUUGCUGCCCUCGCUCAGCUCUGCCCUCAGCACCAAGUCCGUUUGCAACCGCUGCUAGAAUUCUCCCGU